UCAUCAACGCUGGACGUGGCGAAAACGAGCUUCGAAGAAAAAAAAACCAAGCCUAGCCAGCCAAAGAAGACCGCCGCUCGAACUCACUGCGUCUCAAAUCUCAAUCCCAACGCGGUUCUAAAUCUCUACCACCGGGUGCCCUGGAACCACCGCCGUGCAGUAGCUACCGCCCGCAGCCGACGCCUCAACCCCUUGCACCCCCCCCCCCCCCUCCCUCCCUCUCGCGCGCCGCAGAUUUGAAACCUUGAAGUUCCAAUCUUGUGUCACAAAAGGGCGCCAUAGAGUUAGGACAUGGAUAUGGCAUUGCCGGUUGUGAAUGCCACCACGGCGGUGCUUGCUCGCCUCUCAGCUGCAUUCAACGCUCCUCUCGCCCGUGCGGUCGUCUUCGGGGUUCAUAUUGACGGUCACUUGGUUGUGGAAGGACUACUUAUUGCGGUCAUAGUGUUCCAGCUUUCCAGAAAGAGCUACAAACCUCCCAAGAAGCCACUUACUGAAAAGGAGAUCGACGAGCUAUGUGAUGAAUGGGAACCAGAACCUUUAUGUCCUCCAAUCAAGGAGGGGACCCGAAUCGACACACCAAUGUUGGAAAGUGCUGCUGGACCACAUACCACCAUUGAUGGGAAAGAUGUUGUGAACUUUGCAUCAGCAAACUACCUUGGUCUAAUUGGCAACGAGAAAAUUAUUGAUUCUUGUGUUGGCUCGCUGGAGAAAUAUGGUGUUGGAUCCUGUGGCCCACGUGGAUUUUAUGGAACAAUUGAUGUCCACCUUGACUGUGAGGCAAAAAUAGCCAACUUCCUGGGAACACCAGAUUCCAUUCUGUAUUCAUAUGGGAUUUCAACAAUAUUCAGCGUGAUACCUGCCUUUUGUAAGAAGGGAGAUAUCAUAGUCGCUGAUGAGGGUGUUCACUGGGCAGUGCAAAAUGGUCUCCAUCUAUCAAGAAGUACCAUUGUUUAUUUCAAGCAUAAUGAUAUGGCUUCACUCGCUAGCACUUUGGAGAAACUUACUCGUGGAAACAAACGUACUGAGAAAAUUAGACGCUACAUCGUUGUGGAAUCUAUCUACCAGAAUUCUGGUCAAAUCGCCCCUUUGGAUGAGAUAGUCAAAUUGAAGGAGAAAUAUCGGUUCCGCGUUAUUCUGGAGGAGAGUCAUUCGUUUGGUGUGCUUGGAAAGUCUGGACGCGGCCUUGCUGAACAUUAUGGAGUUCCAAUUGACAAAAUUGAUAUUAUCACUGCUGGAAUGGGAAAUGCAUUAGCCACUGAUGGUGGCUUCUGUACAGGAAGUGUCAGAGUUGUUGAUCAUCAGCGUCUAAGCAGCGCUGGCUAUGUUUUCUCUGCCUCUCUGCCACCCUAUCUUGCCAGUGCUGCAGUUUCUGCUGUAAACUACCUUGAGGAGAAUCCUUCAGUUCUUACUAACCUAAGGAAAAAUGUUGCUCUUCUGCAUAAAGAACUGUCAGAUACAGCAGGGCUUGAAAUUUCUAGCCAUGUUUUAUCACCUAUUGUGUUCCUUAAGCUGAAGAAGUCAACAGGCUCGCUGACCACAGACCUGGAUCUUCUUGAAACCAUUGCCGAUCAGGUUUUGCAGGAAGAUUCAGUUUUUGUUGUGACAUCGAAGAGGUCAACUUUGGACAGGUGCAGGCUUCCCGUUGGGAUCCGCUUGUUCGUAUCAGCUGGUCACACGGAAUUAGACAUCUCGAAAGUGUGUUCAUCCUUGAAGAGGGUAUCAGCAUUGGUUCUAAAGCAAUAGAUUUGAUCUUGGGUUCCCUUCAAGAUGAGAGAGCUUGGUCGUUUUCAACGACCUGUGUACUCUAGGCUGUGUGAGUUUUUGGUAAAUGUACAUAACAUGUACAUUUCUACAUCUGAUGAAUUAUCUUGUCGUCGCUCAUAUCGGCAAUACCUGCAAAAUAAUUUUUUGUGUAAGCGGUGAGGAUAGAGACGGUGCGCUUGUGUUGUACAUUUGACUGAUCUUUCGUGUAGUAAAGUGGAUAUGUUUCUUCAA